GGAGCCGCUUUAUCGGGAGCCCGAGUGGAAAUUUCCCCCUCAGUUGCCGGGUCCGCCGUGGAGGAGACACCAGCGGGAGCUGCUUGUCCUUGGUACCCUGUGCCGCGUCCUCUCUGCCCGCCUGCCGCUAUGUCCAACUACAUCCACGUCCCACCCGGCUCCCCGGAGGUGCCCAAGCUGGACAUCACUGUCAGCGAGCGGGAGGGGCCCGGCUACCGCCAGGGCGCCCUGCAGCUCCUGCGCCGCCUGCGGCCCCAUUGGAGACCCGAGGAGGUGACGCUGCAGCUGUUCACAGAUGGAAUCACCAAUAAAUUAAUUGGCUGCUACGUGGGUGAUGUAACAGAUGAUGUCGUUCUAGUUAGGAUCUAUGGAAAUAAGACCGAGCUCUUAGUAGAUCGAGAUGAGGAAGUGAAGAGUUUCCGUGUGUUACAGGCCCAUGGCUGUGCACCUCAACUAUACUGUACUUUCAAUAACGGCCUGUGCUAUGAGUUCAUGCAGGGUGAAGCACUGGAUCCAGAGCAUGUAUGCAAUCCAGAUAUUUUCAGACUUAUUGCCAGACAGCUUGCUAAAAUCCAUACUAUUCAUGCACACAAUGGAUGGAUUCCUAAAUCUAAUCUGUGGCUGAAGAUGGGGAAAUAUUUCUCUCUCAUACCCACAGAAUUUGCAGAUGAGGAAGUAAAUAAAAGGUUUCUAAGCGACAUUCCAAGUCCUCAAGUUCUUCAGGAAGAGAUGGCCUGGAUGAAGGAAAGACUGUCAAAUUUAGGAUCACCAGUGGUACUCUGUCACAAUGACCUGUUGUGUAAGAAUAUUAUUUACAACAAGAAAAGAGGUGAUGUGCAGUUCAUAGACUAUGAGUACUCUGGAUACAACUACCUGGCUUAUGACAUUGGAAAUCACUUCAAUGAAUUUGCAGGGGUAAAUGAGGUAGACUACAGCCUUUAUCCUAACAGAAAAUUACAGGAACAGUGGCUCAGAUCUUACCUUGAGGCCUACAAAGAGUAUAAAGGGUUUGGCACGGAAGUCAGUGAAAAAGAAGUUGAAGUUCUAUAUGUCCAAGUUAAUCAGUUUGCACUGGCUUCCCACUUCUUUUGGGGUCUGUGGGCUUUAAUUCAAGCCAAAUAUUCCACCAUUGACUUUGAUUUUCUAGGGUACGCGAUUGUUCGCUUUAACCAGUAUUUCAAAAUGAAGCUGGAGGUCAUGACAUUAACUCUUCCUGAAUAAUGAAGAGGAAGAAACUUACCAAGUGGAUAGAGAACCCCUGAAUCUUUUCAAAGAACAGAUACUGGAAAAAAACUAAACAUUUGUUGAAGUUCUGUUAAUGCUCACUUGGUGGUUUUUGCUUUAUACAUAAUGCCUCUAAACAGUCCUUCAAUGUUAAAUUUAAUAUGAAGAGCAUACGUACUGCUGUUGAUAUAAAAUGGAUUAGAAACUUGCUAAAUCUAUAAAAAGUUGUAGAAAUGGCAAUUUAAUCCUUCUUUGUAAUUUAACAUGUUGUAUGUGAAUUAUUUAUUAUAAGUUUAACAUGAUUCCAUUGCUGCUUUCAUCAGUUUUUUUUGUAAGAGUUGGGUGCAGACAGUGAAGUUGUUCCAAAGGAUUCGUUUAACAACUUUUAUUUUAUUGAAGUUAUGUUAACUUAUGUUAAAGAAAACAUGGUCAGAGAAUAUUAACCUUUUAGAUGUGUACAGGCAAAAUGAGUGGUGAUAGACUUGAGAUCACCACUGUGGUGUAGCUAGGGAGAAAGGUGAGAAUUAUCUUUUUUUUGUCCCUUUUUUCUUUUUUCCUUAAAAAAACUUAGCUUUCCAUAUGAUGGUACUUUUCUUUUGUAUAGAAUUAAUGAGUUUGCUGAAAUGAUAAAUAACAUUCGGGGUUUUUUCCUUUCUUUCUUCUUCUAAGCUGUAGAAACAUGAAAAUUCUAUGGCCGUAAGAUUCUUUUGAGGAUACGUACCAUCAUAGUGUUAGAUGGACAAUGUACUGUCUCUAACUCUAACUAUGGGAAAGCUGCUUGUUUAUUAAGUGUACUUUUAAAGCAAAAGACCACUAUCCCAAACCUAUCGCAUUUUGAAACUUGAUUCUAAAUUUGAAAGCUAUUCUGCUGUCUGUAUUUGAUGUGCUUCAGCAGUAUCUACCAGAGUGGACUAUUGAACUGAAGACUAGUGAACAGAGAUCCUGUUGCACUGGGGAGCAAGAUGCUUAGGUUUACAGUUGUGUAUUGCUGACAUCUUUUUGCUUUGUCACCUUCUAACCUUGGAUUCUAGUCUUAAAUACUUGGUCCUGCAAUUGCAGGUUCUGGUAUUUCUGGGGUUUCUUCUUGUUUUGUUUAGUUUGGGGUGUUUUUUUGUUGGUUUUUGUUGUUGUCUUGGUUUUCUUGUUGUUGUUUUGUUUGGGUUUUUUGUUUCCUGUGGCAGCAAAUUACUUUCAAAGUCUCCAGCUUGAAGGAUAAUCUGGAAAAGUUCAUGUCUUGAGCAAUGAGGCUUUGAUCAUCACGGAUUUUCUUUACUUCUUAAAGCUAUUAUACCAAGAAUGGUCUGGAUUGCAAAAUGUGAAUUGAAAAGAAAAUGUUUACUUAACAAAACAAUGUAUAAGUUUGCAUGGAAAAGAGGCUUUAAAUCUGGAAAGGGGGGUGGGCAGGCAGGGGAAGAAACCCACAACAGAAAACUAGAACCCAACAAGGCAGUGUUGAGUUGGGCAGGCAUGUACUCAACUCUGAUUAUACUCUGAAAAGCUUUGCACUUUGGUCACUUAAGUGCCCACAUGUACAAAGUCUGUGUGUGUGCAUAUACAGGUGCAAACACAAACUUACCUGAAGAGUAAAUAUUGUGGGGAGUCUGUUGUACAGACCCCAGCAAAGAUAUUUAUUCCAAACUGCUUUAUGGCACACUGCUGUGUGUGUAUGUGUGUAUAUGUGUAUCCGUAUGUACACAUAUAUAUACAUAUGUGCUUUGCAAAAGCUUGGAUUGAUUCAGGACAAAAAAAUCUAUGUGAAUGAAAAACUUUCACCUUGAAAGACCAUUUUGAAUGGCAUUCUGUUGUUUUACAAAAGCAAGGGUUUGGAACUUGUUUAUUCCUCUUGUUUAUAUUCAUCUCUAAAUGCUUCCUUUUUUUUUCCUUGCUUUCCUUCACUCAGAACCUUAAAAAUCCCAAUACCAGUGGGAGAACUGCGAUUUCUUUUGUUUUUUCUUUGUUUGUAACUUGAAAUUCUGUAACCUUUUUCAGUAGCAGUUAUUAGCUGGAGGCUACUAUACUGGAUCAAUUUUCUUGGUAGUUAAAUAGAAACCAAUAGCUAAAAUAGACACAGUUUUCUUUGUAGCAGUUUCAAGGAUGUUGCUAGAGCUCAUGAAGGCACUGAAAACUUUAAUCUUCUGUACUUUCUCCCUGUUGAUAUUAUCAAUGUAUGUUGGGUAAUACCCUGCUGUCUUGGUAGUUCCUUUGAGUUCAGCAAGAUCUGCUUUGGAAGUAAGAUUGAUAAAGAUACUUAAACUCCUCCUAUUUUCUUCAAGUGGUGGCUUGAUUUCUGGCAGUGUUGCUUUGUGAAAUACUUGAGAAAGGCUGUGAAGUUCACUUGGUCCUGGGAACUCCAGCACUUGACAGCUCUUAAUGUUCCCAACAAUUAGCAGAACACAUUCCCUUUUUAGGUACCAGUACUAUUUAAGUUGGGAGUUAGUGUGAUUCUUUUCAGUAGUAUUUUUGUUUGUAUAGCUCAAGUAGCAAUAACUGUAGGAGUGGAAGCUUGCUUCGGCAGAGCCAAAGUUCCUCAUGAGUGCAGCUCAGUCUCCUUGUGGAAUGAAUUUCCACCAAAUCUCAUAAUGCACUUUGAAGCAGAUAGUAAAUACUGCAAGCUUUUCCUGAGCCACUUCAAAGAAGCACAAGGGUUAUCGCAGGUUACAGUGGUUGACUUUGCAGUACUGGUAGAGGCUUUCGUUUUGCAUGUUGAAACUCAUUUUACACCCUGAAAUGCUGCUUUGCAUCAGCUUGCUUUCAAGACAAGUGCAGAUUAAAACAAUUCAAGUUCUAAGGAAAUACUGUAAAACCUUUUACAAAAUGAAAUGCCGGUUACCUUGAGCCUUUUUCCACAUCAGUUUGAGCCAGUAGCACUCGGGUAUUCUCACUUGUGAAGGGAUAUCUCCGAGACGUGUUAAGUUUGAAGCAGUAGUUUGCAAUAGCGUUGCAGAUCAUAAGGUAGCUUGAAACUGUGAAUACAGGACAUUCUGAAUGUAAGUUAGGUACUAGAGCACCGAACUAGAGAACAUGUAUUUGUUUCAGUUAAUUUUUCUGUCUCCUCAAUAGCAAUGUUAAGAUACUUCGAAUGACUGAGCUCUAGAAACAUCCUGUAGUAGUUUUGACUGUGACUUGCCAAGAAGAUACUCUGUUGCCUUUAUGUUAAGCUAAGGGCAUGAAUGCCGAAACUAAUAAUCCUUACUGUAGUUAAACCUAUAUUGUAAAUAUGAAGAGGGUUAUUAGUAAGGGCAUUCUUGCAUAAAUAGCAUCAAGUCAAUAGACCAUAGUGGCCUGGUUGCUUUUGUAAAGCAGAAUAGUGUGAAUUUUUUUCUUCUCAUUUCUGCAGUCAGAUCUGGCUAAUCCACAGCUAAUUUCUUAGGUCAUCGAAGCAUUAAAGAUUUCUGAAUGAUAAGUGGUCUCUUGUCACAUAACUUUGAAUUCCUUCAUUGACACUUUCUGAUUUGCAUUUUAAAAGGACUUACAAAAAUUUGCAUUAACCAGGUCUGACUGUAUAUGUAUAUACAACAGUGUAAAUAACCAUCUGUAAAUUAGUGUGAAUUGUAUUGUAUCUUGCAUUUAUGGACAUGUGUAUUGCAUUGUAUUCUCUCCUAUUUUGUAGAAAUUCUGAUGUAAAGAAGAAAUCUAACUCUGUGUGCGAACUCUUGUUAAAUUUACCUGUAACAGAGCAUAAUAGUUUUAUGUUAAGGUAUCCAUUUACAGCCUUGGGCAUCCAAUGUCUUUUUUUCUUCCCUGUUAGCUUUUUUUGUCAUCUUGCUCUUGGGAAUGAUUCUGGAAUACAGGAAUUCAUGCAGUACUAAGAUGAGGAAGUCUGUUCUAAUGGGCAAACUAUGUGUCAGAGGUCUGUGUAGUACCUGUGGUGUAGGGAGAGCUGUUAAAUUUUACUUAAACUUCCACAAAUUUCCUAUACAUUCUUGAAUGCUGGUGACUUCUAAACAUGAGCACGUUGAAUUGAGUGUGCUCCCAUGGGGGCAGCAAUUGAGUUAGUUGUGGUAGGAGUUCCGCAACUUAAAUGAUUUUUGGUGGCUAUAGCCUUAUAAUAGGAUUAGUUGCUAGCUUGUAAAUGUUCAUGGUAAAUGCCCAAAUCACAGAAAUAGUUCUGCUAUGUUUUCUUCCACAUUAGGCUUAUUGGUAGCCCUUUUAGACUGAAACGUAACUGAGAUAUUUUCCUCUGUGCUACACCUUCCCCCUCCUCCCUGUGCCCAUCCCUUCUUUGUUAGCUUAGAUUUCUGAUGUAGCAAGAUAUUAGAUACGCUUACUUGCUUGCAUGGUUUAUGGAUGAGAGCAAAUUGCAAAGGGGAAUGUUUGUUUCAAAAUGAAGUCCAGUUUUUUAAAGCCUUUAGUAUCUAACAAAACUGAAUACUCUUUUGUUACCCUUCCCCAAAAGAAGUCUUCAAACCAAUUUUGAUAACUCUGAUUAAAUAAGUUUGCUCCAUAACCCACUGGAAUGUAAUUUCUUGCUUGAGAUAGUCCUUCUUGCAGUUUGCAGAGGUUUGCCUCGUCUCACCUCUCUGUGUUUCAGGUGGCUGUCCAGUCUUGAUUUGUCUCCAUGGUUUUGUAUUGUUUACUGUGUUCUUGGAUGCCUUCUAAGGUGUGCUAGAUUACUAAAGCACUGGAAUUAGCUACUGUCUCCUGUCAUCUCUUCCACACCAUGCAGGUUGUACCUGUAGUAGUAGAACAGAAGCAUUUGGUCAAACCUUGAGGUAAUGCAAGGCUGAUGUGCAGACUUGCAGCUGAUACUUACACCUGCCCCCUGCUGCCCAUUUUAUUCCUGUAGGCUGGGAGCUGAUUGCCUUCAUUAGUUGUAAAAGAUAUAAAACCCCAAAAACCUGUGGUCUUGUACACAGUAGGAUUUCUGUUAAGCCAGUACACAACUUGGCAGUGGGAAACCACACAAAUCCAUAUGGGACAUGUUGGAUGGAACCAAACUUUGUGGCUUACAGACCUCCAGAGUGUUUGUACAUGCCAGUUGCAUGGAGGUGCUCCAUCUAAGUGAUGGGAUGAGACACUAGAAAAAGCCUUGUGUAUUUUUAAGUGACUCUUCCAGUUUGGUCUGACCUGUAGAGAUAAGUUCUGUGGAUAGGAAGCCAGUCAACCUGGGGGGAGAGGGAAGAAAUGUAACAAAAGACUAUUUAAAACCCCCAAAUUCUUAUGUAGUUAAUUUGCAACCCUUAAAUGUGUGUUGGGCUUUCUGGACAUCUGUGGUGGUCGUCACCACUGUCACUGAUAAAGGGUUUUAUUGUGAACCAUCAGAAAACUGACUGGAAUGGCCGUGAGGCCCAUUAUGACCUUAGAACAGGUGCCAGACUCCACCAGAUUACUCCUGGUUUGAGAUUUUACAUCAGCUGUUUCUAUAGCUGCCUAAAAUGUUGAGCUGCUGGGAUGUGGAACUUAAUUCAUGGCCUUCCCAAAUGGGUUUGAUGUGAUGUUUAUAGAGAUAAUGCAGAGAGAACUAGGUGGAAAUAAGUGGAGUGAACACUUGGAAAGCAGCAAACAAGUUACUUGAAAUCUACCAAACUUUGAAAAUAAAUCCUGAAAUAACUUAUAAAAUAAAUAACUUCAUAAAUGAGAAAUAACUUCAGGUACUGCACCAGCCUGGUUUUGUGGUAUUGCAGCUUCAUUUUUCCUAUGUUAGAUGUCUUUUUCCCCCCAUAAAGAUCCCUGCAAAGCACAAGUUGAGAGAGACCAUGGAAGAGAAACCUGAAAAAUACUGUAUAAAACGCAGCGUGAACUAGAAACAAAGUCUUAUGUUUCUAAGCUUUUGGUAGUAGUAAUUCUUAAGUGUUCUCAGCAAACUGUAGGUGUCAUGUGUCCAGUGUGUGAAAGAUCAUAUUUUUUUGGUAGAAACAUUCUUUUUAACAUUUUGUAUCUCAAAUGCAGUCUGUGGUAGUUAAUGCUGCUUGGUACACAAGUGCUUUGAAUAGUCUCAGCACCAAGAAUGUAUUCAAUCUUAAAUAUGACUUAAAAGUCAGAUUGAUUGAUUCUGUCUCAAGCCUCUUGAUCCAACUUUCUAAAGCCCUCUACUUGCAGAAACAGGGCCAUAACAUAUUAGGGAUAUAUUCUCUUUUGUGUCAUUUCUUUUGUUACUGCAUAUUUUUCAGUGUUCUUCUAAACAUGAGUCCAUUUAUGUCCUGUGAAUAAAAUUAGCUCAAUUUACAAGUAAGUGUUUGUCAUCUUCCAGCACUGUCAUCACCCCGAAAGUCCCCAUGACCCUUCUUGUAUGUUGUGAAGUUUAGAUGCAUCAUUUAUCCAUUGGAGUGAAAUUGUAUUUCUUUUGAACUAAAUGUUAUUGAAGCUAUUAUAAGGCCUUCUACCACUGAUUAAAUGAAGUAAUGUACCUUUCAAAGAGAUUUAUAUUCUGUAAAUAAUUUCAAACUGCAACAAUAAAGUUUGUUUCUAACUGCA